AGGCGGCACGUGCCACACACCUUGUGGACUUCAUAUUUGUCGUCACUGCCCAAAAUACCCUGAAACUUUUCUUUAAUAACUUUGGUCACCGGCGAACUGCCACCGGCGGCCACUAUACUUCGCUGAAGCAGCUUCUUUUCCUGCUUCCUUCUGCGGCAUCAGCACAUAUGCAGCUUGAAUCGCCGGCUAGGUUUCUUCUCAAUGAAGCCAUCUUCGAGGGUUAUAGAAACAUGAAGAUUUUGGUGGAUUCUUCCAAUCGCAGACUAAAAAGAACACCUUCCCCAAGUCCUCAUCGUGAUUAUGUAAUGGAGGUGAAAGAGCUUCCCGUCACCGCAGGCGCCGGCGAAGGUCGGACCCAAGCGGUUGAUGGAAUAACCAGGGGCUGCGGUAAGCUCACCGGCUUCCACGCCGGCUACUUCCGCAUCAGCCUCUCGCUCUGCGGGCAGGCGCUGCUGUGGAAGACGCUGAGCGAGCCGGGCGGCGGCGCCUCUGCUCGCUCGGCGGCUCUCCGUCACCUGUCGCGCUCUGUUCCGGGAGCUGUCUACUUGCUCCUCUGGUCGGUCGCGCUGGCGGUGCUGGUGGGCCUGUGCGCGCUCUACGCGCUCCGGUGCGGGCUGCGGCGCCGCCACGUGGCGGCUGAGUUCUCGCACCCCGUGGGCGUCAACUACCUCUUCGCCCCUUGGAUUUCCUGGCUUCUCCUACUGCAGGCGGCGCCGGCGGCGGCCGCUCCCCUGUUCCGCCCGCUGUGGUGGGUCUUCGCGGCGCCGAUCCUGCUGCUGGACGUCAAGAUCUACGGGCAGUGGUUCACCGACGGGAAGCGGUUCCUGUCGCUGAUGGCCAACCCGACGAGCCAGAUGACGGUGGUGGGGAACCUGGUGGGGGCGAUGACAGCGUCGCGGACGGGGUGGGCGGAGGCCGCCACCUGCAUGUUCUCCCUGGGGAUGGUCCACUACCUCGUCCUCUUCGUCACCCUCUACCAGCGCUUCGUCGGCAGCAGCAGCCUCCCGCCGAUGCUCCGGCCGGUUUUCUUCCUCUUCAUCGCCGCGCCGAGCAUGGCCAGCCUGGCUUGGGACUCCAUCGCCGGCAAAUUCGACGUCGGCUCCAAGAUGCUCUUCUACCUCUCCCUCUUCCUCCUGGCUUCCUUGGCGUCGAGGCCGGCGCUGUUCAAGAAGGCGAUGCGGCGGUUCAACGUGGCGUGGUGGGCGUACUCGUUCCCGCUGACGAUGCUGGCGCUGGCGGCGACGGAGUACGCGCAGGCGGUGAAGGGAGGCAUCUCCGACGCGCUCAUGCUCUUCCUCUCCGCGCUCUCCGUCAUCGUCGUCGUCGUGCUCGUUGUUUUCACCGUCGUGAGGACCGGCGACCUCCUCCCCAACGGCGGCGACGAUCCCUUCGCGCCGCUGCCUCCGCUGCUGCGGCUCAGGUCGCCUGAUUCGUCCCCUCGCGAAGUCUCAUGCUGAUAUAUCAAUAAAACUGCGUUGACGGAUUGAUUUGAACGUGAGAGAUUACUGAUAAGCAUGUAAAGAAUUAUGUACUUUCUUACCAUGGGUUAAUCAUCUAGGUAUCCGUAGUUCGAUCCU